CAUUGCUCCUUUCAGUGCUUCAGUGAUACUGCAUAUCAGCGGUGGACAACGGUGCAAAAAUAAGCUCGAACCGUAAACGAGAAGCAACGGUGACAGCAGUCCGUGUAACUUUAAAAGUGACAGCGGAGGGAGGUGAAUUUAAGGAUCCAGAAUUCCGCAUCCUUAGUCGGGCAGCGUCGGAGCGUCCCACCAGAGGAACUUAACGUUACACUGAGAUUUGUCACGCACAUUGUUGCGGUCCCUGUGUAAAAAGCAGCAGCAGCAACAGCAGCAUUCCUUUGGACUUCGAGGUAAAGUCUGACGCUUUCUGAACUUGACGGGCGUGUGUUUGUUGUGUGAAGGAGUCUUCUGUGACAUGUGAGAAAAGUUCUCGCCUUCUUCACAUGCUUAAACUUUAUUGCCUCCGGUUAGACGGAACUUCAAACACGGAGGUGAAGAAGGAUAUUUGAAAUCUCUGUUACUCAAAGGACGAUUUCUCUGAAACCAAAUGUCAGCUUCAACGCGGUGAAGCGAGGACGAGUCAGGUUGGUGGUUUUGAAUGCACGAGUCUCAAGUUUCUGCCGCCCUGGCCAGUGAUAUUAACGCGUGAAUUUGACCUGGGAUAAGUUGUCAACAAGAGGCAAACUGGCAGGUGUAUAAGUACAUUUACAUGCAUGGGCAUAUGUAUAUCUCGCUGCACUAUAAAUAGAAGCUCGUGCUUAUGUAUUAAACCCUGGGCACUCAUCUUCAGUCGUUUUCAUCACAAUCCCAGCGAAACCCACGCGUGUCGCUUUGGCUUUUAGGGUUGGUGUCGUCGCAUGGACUGACAUGGCCACCGAUCUCGCCAUGAGCGCAGAUUUGCCCAACAGCCCCCUGGCUAUUGAAUAUGUCAACGACUUCGACCUCAUGAAGUUUGAAGUCAAGAAAGAGCCUCCGGAGGCCGACCGCUAUUGCCACCGCCUGCCCCCGGGCUCGCUAUCCUCCACCCCAAUCAGCACACCCUGCUCCUCGGUGCCUUCCUCGCCCAGCUUCUGUGCCCCCAGUCCCGGAUUGCAGCCAGGGCAGAACCUCGGAAAUGGCGUCAGCAACAACAACAACAACAACAACAACCAAGGCUCCUCGGGCAAGCCACAGCUGGAGGAUCUCUACUGGAUUCCCAACUACCAGCAUCACAUCAGUCCAGAGGCCCUCAACCUGACGCCCGAGGACGCGGUGGAAGCGCUUAUCGGUAACGCGCACCACCACCACCACCACCACCAGCCCUACGAGGGAUAUCGCGGUCAGCAAUACGUCGGAGAAGACCUCUCGACGGCCACGAACGGGCACCACCACCCGGUACACCAUCACCAACAUCACCACCACGGCCACCACGCGCACGCGCGCAUCGAGGACCGCUUCUCGGACGAGCAGCUGGUGAGCAUGACGGUGCGCGAGCUCAACCGGCAACUGAGAGGCUUCAGCAAAGAAGAGGUGAUCCGUCUCAAGCAGAAACGUCGAACCCUGAAGAACCGCGGCUACGCGCAGUCGUGCCGCUACAAGCGCGUGCAGCAGCGCCACAUGCUCGAGAGCGAAAAGUGCACGCUUCAGAGCCAGGUGGAGCAACUCAAGCAAGACGUGGCGCGUCUGAUCAAAGAGCGGGACCUGUACAAGGAGAAGUACGAAAAGCUCGCGAGCCGAACCUUUAACGGCGGCGGAGGCAGCGGAGGCGGGAACACUCGGGACCCGUCCAACGGCACUCAUGGCAAAACCACUUCCACGGAUUUCUUCAUGUGAGAGUGAUUCUUGUUAAAGACUUUUUCCGCACCAACGUAUUCGUUUUUUAAACCUUAAUUUUUAUGAUUUUCAGUGUGAAUUUUAUUUGCAGUUCUUAUCUUAAAUAACCUACUCAGUGUCCACUUUAGAACAUACACUCUUGAAAAUAAAGGUCUGAUGCCAUAUGAGAACCUUUUUAAGUUCCUCAAAUAAAUAUUUUAUUUUAAAAGACUCUUUACAUCUAUGUAUACUGGUGCUUAAAAGAACUCAAAACCCAAUUAUGCAAAUCUAUAGAAUCCAUAGUGUAACAUCCAGCACUUUUUCUUUUCCAAAGAACUACCCACUUUUACCGCCAAAAUGGUUAUUGACAAGCAAGUCAAGUCCUUUGCUGAACUUAAAGUGCUGAAAGGAAACACAUUGAAGAACCUUUAUCUUUAAGAGUGUAGUCUAACAUUACAGCGACAUAUUUAAAAUCUUCACUCAUUAUUUGUGUACAUAUAUUACUGUACCAUAAAAGUCUUAAGGUUAGUGUAAUGUUAGGAUUAUCUUCCACAGAUACUGCACGGACCCUUCUACUUCAUAACACCUCCGCUUUAAAUAUGGGAUCACGCAUAACGUCCAAAGACCCAUCAGUUUUGGAUUCUGUAAAUUCGUGUUUUGUUGUUUUUUUUUUUUUUUUUUUUUUUUUUUUUGUUGUAUGCUAACUGCAAAGUCCGACAUGUUUAAAGACAUACCUACAGCCGCUUUCUUAACCUUUUUUGUUUUGGUUUGUUUUUUGUUUUUUGUCUUAACGGACUGACGAGUCUUAAUGGCAAUGAGAACAUAAACUACUGGAAACGAAACUUCAGUCUGUGAAGGAACUUUUUAAGGAACAAUGCUAAUAUUAAAACAUAAGCAAGAAAGGGAGAUAGCAAUACAACCUUGACUUUUCUCAGUCAUGAACUGAGGUUGAGGGGACUUAUGAACUUUGAGGGCCCUCAAGCUUUGCUCAAGUCUGCAUUACCCCACCAAUCCUGCAUGCGGGACAUGUAUGGUACUCCAAACGCGCCAGGUCCUUUCUCUCUCUCUCUUUCUCAUACAGCACUUGGAUGAAAAGCAUGGCCCUUAACCACUCUCUCUUCUCUUUUUUUCCUCGUUUCUUCUGCUCAACACAAACCGUGUAUGUGAAGGAACUCAUGCGUACCUUCGAAAUCACAUGAAAUCCGUUCUUGCAUUUCUUUUCUAUUGUUUAAAAGUACAGAAUAAGAACAAAGAAAAAAACACCGAACUGAGCCAGAGUUAUUUAUUCCCAAUUGUACAUAUGUAAAGGUCAAAUGGUGUGUUAAUUUAACUUUCUUUUUAAAAAAGUCCUUUUUGCUUGAUUAUUUAAAACGUCUUAAUACGAUGUUUGUAUGUAGUAGCAUGCAAAUAACAAAGAUAUUCUCAUCCUGAUGAAUAUGUACAAUUUCAAAGGAAGCCUACUGCACUACGAUUUGAAGAAUUGGGAUUUCUAUAAAAUUUCUUUUCCUCUGGGUUAAUCGAAUUGCUGUUAUGGCGGACAUAGUCGAUCAAAAGUGCAUAUAAAUACAAGGACUUUAAUUGCUGCUAAUAUUCUAUGCACCAAAUUCGAAAGCAAUUAACAGAAGCUCUGAUUAUGUGAAUUUUGUACUUCAAAAUAAAUGAAGGUAUGUAGAAAACUGGUUAGAUAUGGAUAUCAAAAAUAACUAAGAUCAUCUCUUUAAGAACGUUUAUAUAUAUAUAAUUUGUCUUAAUAACCGGGUUGAUGAACGACAUAAAACUGUUAACUUCAAAUAUGACAACCGUCGUUCGUAGGGCAAGAAGGGUUGUUUUAACUUUUUAUGACAUAAUAAAACUGUAGCAUACUCUGUAUAAAGCAGUUGCCUAUUGUUUUGCAUACAACAUUGUGAUGAUAACAGGCUUCCGACCAUACUGAAUUACACUACAGGUAGAUGUCAAGAGAUUAAAUGCGGAUAUAAUUCCACAAUACUAGAGGGUUUGUGUGCAGACUUUGCUAUAAUUAAUCAUGCGCAUUUGAGCUUGAAAAAUAGCCCAUCUUGUUCAGGCUAAAUGAAGAAGUUGCCAAAGUGGAUUAUCUAAUGCACGUAAAUUGUCUUAAAUCAGUUUUCAAAUUCUUUCCGACCUGUGUAUGCUUAAUUUCCUAACAGAUCUAUCGGCCAGACUCCUAAAAUAAGGUCUCCAAGUAUGCUCCUUUACCUGGGUUAGUAUCUGCUUGAUAUCUCACCUGAAAACCACUGUUAACAUUGAUUAAUUUAUUUCGUUUAAAUUAUGAAUUAUGAUACAGUUCGUUAUGAAGCAAUCUCUCUGUCUAUUGGUCUAAUUUGAAGCACAGCGGCUUGAGGUUACAUAAUGUGCUGUCAUGUGUGCUGUCUUAUGUAAAAAUAAAUAAAUAAAUAAAUAAAAUGGGGGAAAAAAGAAGAAAAAAACUGUACAUAGCCUAUAAUUUCUAUAUAUUUAUCGAAAUUAUAAAUGUCCUUACGUGUCAGUAAGUCCAAACCAAAAUGUUUCGCAAUGGAAUGUUGUUCAGAAUCUUGUUUUCAUAAUGUUUAAUAAAAACUCCUGUCAAAUG